AUGUUUUCAAUGGUCCUUGCUGGUCUGAUAGUAGUGACUCAGGUGGAUGCGAACAAAGACCCUCCUGACCUACCUCUUGCUGUCGCGGGAACGGAGAACACCCGUCUACUGUGGCAGAGACUGCUUCAGAGCUACGGCCAAAUUUGGAGGAGUCGCUUAACUAUCGUUCCAUUAAUCUCAGCUAUUUCUCAUACUGAUACCUCCACACCGUCAAAGAGCCUAGAGAAACAGUCGGCAUUGCUAGCGGAUUCCACCGCGAAUCCGAAUGAUGUCUCUGCAAACUACUCCAUUCUACCUUCUGCCUUUGCACCUCUUGUAUUUUACUACAACCUGCCAGAGCUGUCGAGAGACGUAAAAAUUACUCUCAGCCUCAGUGACAUAUCGGACAUAUUCACAGGGAAACUGCGAUAUUGGAGUGAUAUUCGAAUACGGCAAAGGAAUCCAGAUCUACCGUUCAUUGGUCAGCCCAUACAUCUGAUUCUGCGUGAUGAUAAUUGUAGUGAGAACAUUGCGCUUACUGAAUUUCUCUGCAACUCCUCCGGCAUAUGGCAGCUACAGUAUGGUCUGAUGAGCUCUAUGCAGGAUUUCAAAGCCCCCAGCGGCCUUUCCGUCUAUCACACUAUCCUACCAUCUGGGGGCUUUAGUCUCGUGAAUUCCGUGCCCUACUCGAUUGCUUACUUCCUUGGUACUGUCCCUUCCCUUACGGCAAUUUCGCUUCAACUUCAAAACGGAAUUACAGUCAAUGUUUCCGGCGUUGAAAGCAAUAAAACUAAAUCCAAAAAUGACAGUGUAAACCCAUCUGAAGCUAUAUAUCCCCUAGUCUACACGUUUUACAUCAUUUUCAGAAAGGAUCUACCUGCCACUCCAUAUAACGUCACGGUACUGGCUAAGGACCCACUAAGGCGCUUUAGUACUGCAUGCCGAUUGCAAGUUGAACUCUACCGAUUCCUUCACUGGUUGACCUCCUCUGAAUCUUCUGAGGAGAUUUUAAAAUUUCAUGGCUUUUGUCAGAUCAAAGGAGAGAAUAUGUUGAUGGAUCUAAGCGAAAUGUCCUGUCGCAAUAGCCGAGACCUCACUGUAUCGGCGGAGAAACUUGCUAACGAGGAAACACAUCGUAGAAGCCGUAUUUGGGGGCAUUUUGUGGACUCGAAGGAGGACUAUAGAGACGUCGUUUUCACUCUCUCUACUACAGCCGUAAUUCUCUUUGUGGUUUCAGUCGUCCUCACUUACUACCUCUGUUCGCAUCGCCAUCCCAUCUCAGAAUACAUAAUCGACAUUGAGAAGAUGGAUCCGUCUGACAAUUCUGACGCCUUUCAAACGUCUCUUCAUGAUUUUGAAAUGAAAAAUGCUGCCUUUCUUGAAUAUGCAUUCGAGAACAAUUCUGAUCGCAAUACCUCAAACCCGUACUGUGCCUCGAAGAACUGUGGGAAAAGUGCCAUCAACACUUGGGUCUAUGCUGACUCAAUUCUUUCGACCACACCUGUUAGUGGACAAUACAAGGGUGCGGAUGUUCUUCUCAAACCAACAAAUAUCAGGUCAACCAUGAAGUUUAUGGAGAAGGGUCGUCUGAAGUUGCAGAAGUACACCGCUGUAGACCACGAAAAUGUUCAGCUAUUCUAUGGUCUAGCCAAGUCCUCUGUAACCCAGAAUAAAAUACAGUGUAGCAUCCUUGCAGCACAUUUGAAAGGAAUGCGUAAAAAACAACGAGGAGCUAGGGUUGUGAUGCAGGGUUAUUCCGAAUCAGAUUUUAUCCUCCCCUGGAUCUACUACAUAAUCGUAGAGCCUUGCGUCCGUGGGAGCCUCUUUGAGUUGCUUCACAGCGGACAGUACGAAGUCUCUCAAUCGAUAAAGUUGAAUCUGGCUUCGGACAUUGCCUCCGGAAUGGCCUAUCUCCAUAGCAAAAAGCUCAUCCAUGGAAGACUUUCUAGUCUCACUUGUCUAUUGGAUAGCCGGUGGGUAAUUAAAAUUGCUUGUUGGCAAAAUGUAGAGGAGCUGGUUCAAUCAGAGUCCUUUUACAACAAACACAGUGCAAAUAGGGGUUCUUCUCGGUGCUGUCUCAGAAUCUGCUGGCAACCGGAACACUUAAGACUAGUGUGGAGAUCACCAGCUCAGUUAAAAAGCUUUAUUACAGCACACAGAAGUGCAAGAACAAUAGAUAACAUUCUUUCGAGGCGGGACCACGCGGAAACGAAGCGGGGCAGAGCCACCGAACCGGUGGACACAGAUGCGGAAGAGGGUACCGGGAGUGAGUACGAAUCUAUGGCAUGCGACGUCUAUAGUUUUGGAGUGAUUCUUACGGAGAUAUGGAAUCUAGAGGUGCCAUUUCAGGCUGCACUUGAUGUCUACCAACGUGAUUACCAACUCGCAGAGGCCAUUUGCAACAAAGUCUGCAAACUCUCCAUUUCACCGAAUAUGCCCUCGAAAAUACGUGAGGCGACGGAGUCGUGUGUAGACCACUCGGAAAAACAGAGACCCAGUUUUCGUAGCAUCCUCAAGACCCUGGCAAGCCUCGUGCCCAAGGAGCGAUCUGUCGCCCAUCACAUGAUCCGAGCGGCUGUCGCGCGACUAGUUGACCUGGACGCCAGCUGCGCCUUGCGAGAGAGAGAGGUGGCCAAGAGGAAGGCGCAUAUGUGCCAAAAACUGGACCGACUUUUCCCGCGCGACUACAGCCAAGGGUUGGUGACAGGUACACUGACCCCGUCUACAGUCGCGACGCCGCAGGACGUCCUCCUCGCCGUGGUCAGUCUGGACCAGGCUUUCCUUCAAUCCGCCGCGUUGGCAGAUGAAACAACUGUCUUGCACGAGCUGCAGUGCUUGAAGCAGAUCGCCGAGAAGCACGCAAACGACCCUCUGUUGAGGUGUUUGGCGUCCCCUGGCGGGUUCGAAAACGACGGCGUGUGUUUCGUAGCCAUGGUCCACGGGGACGUGAGCACGCCUGGAAUGGAGGAGGUGAAGCUGAUAGUCCACCUCCUUCGAGUCAUCUGCCAAGUGGAGCGCGAAUUCACCGCUGCCAAGGCAUUUCAUCCCGCCUCGCAUCCUAAAUUUUGUGCUGUGCUGCAUCGUGCUAAGGCUAUUUCCGGACCACUAGGCGCCUACCUUCCCUGUCAAUUUGUUUACGGAAGUGCGUUGGAGGAUGUUUUGGAACUCAAACGCUACGCGAAGGCAAUGGAGGUGGUGGUAACCUCCGAAGUCACCACGAAAAUUAAAUAUAUUUUGAAGGAAUUUAAGGACUACGCGCUCACAGAAACACAUAAAGUCCAGCUUUGGGGGACCAAGCCGUUGCAGCUCUAUGUCCUUCGCUAA